AUGGCGGCAUUUAGACCUCGGCCAGUCAAUGCACAUUGGUUCAUCCUAGUACUUGAGAAGUUGAGAGCCCCUGAGGGACAGGACAGAUGUGACAAAUCUUUUCUUUUGGGGUCGAUCCGCUUCAUUCAAAUUUUCGAGGGACUCGAGCCCGGCGGACUGGCGACUUUGCGCGUGUCAAAGCAUCGCGCUUUGGCAGUCAUCAGCAGCCAUCAUCAGUAUAAAAUAUCCGGUCAAGCUCCGCCUCGAAAAUUGGACUCAGUUUUACCAACCAAUGAUAUCGCCUCUACAGAUGGGACCAAGGUCAUCAGCCAAUUAUUGGUGCUCUCUGGAAAACGGUUUUUCGAAGAACCUUUUAAGGUUUUUCGAGGUCUCAGGGCAAUAUUCAACGACCACAUCGCUUUUGGCCUGAGCGUCUAUGCGGCAACCCAUUUCAACAACAAUGAAAGUCAGGUUGGGUUCGGCUUUGAAAAAGAUGCGCAAGGGAGGAGAACAAUUGUCAGAGCUGGCCUGGAAUUAUUUCAUAUCCUGGAAGCAGCUGAGAUCGAUUGCAGAGAGCCAAUAUCAGCAAUAUCUUCAGCACCCCUCAGGAAAUUUAAUCGAACUAUAGUCGCAUCACUACAAGCGCGCCAGCGAUUAUCCCUCGCCAGAGAACGACUGGAUGAUUUGGUGGCCCAGCUCCAGUUGUGCCGGCGGGCCAGACCUGCUGUCAAUAUUGCUCAAUAG